AUGUCGACAUCAACUUCUCCUCCUCCACCCACGUCAUCUACAGGUCGAAAUGAAGCCUCAACGAAACCUCAAAAGGAUUCUUGGAUAGAAGAUGCCCAGGCAGUUGAUGCAUCUGAUAUUGUUGCCAUCUAUCGCUCUUAUGAUCCUGAGUUUCGAGCAACUACCGAACGCCAACUACUGCGUAAGAUUGACACGCGCAUUCUCCCACUCAUUGUCUUGAUUUAUCUCUUCAACUAUCUGGAUCGAAACUCAAUCACCCAAGCCCGUCUCUAUGGGCUAGAGGAAGAUACCGGUCUUCAGGGAGCUGAAUACCAAACUGCAAUCUCCAUCUUCUCAGCUGGAUAUAUUUUGAUGCAAUUACCGGCCACGGUUAUGAUGACAAAGUUUCGUCCUUCCAUCUAUCUGCCAACAUGUAUUAUUAUGUGGGCUGUCGUUAGUGCAUGCACGGCCGCCACGUUCAACACUCCCGGUAUCCUCAUGGUCCGCUUCUUUCUGGGCUUUAUUGAAGCACCUUUCUUCCCCGGUGCGGUAUACUUCCUCAGCUGCUGGUAUACCAAACGUGAGAUAGGUGUCAGAAUGGCUCUUCUGAUUUGUGGUAUUUUGCUUUCCAACGCUUUUGCCGGUCUCAUUUCGGCAGGCAUCCUGUCAGGGAUGCAAGGAGUCGCUGGAUUGGCCGCUUGGAGGUGGCUCUUUAUUCUGGAAGGUCUUGCUACACUCCUUCUUGGCGUCGUUGCUCUAUUUGUUCUUCCAGAUUUUCCUGGGACGACUAAAUGGCUUAGCGAGACCGAGAAGAUUGUGGCCCAGGCUCGGCUCGCUGUUGAUGCCGGACAUGCUACUCUGCUUGACGCCGAAGAAGUUUCUAUUAUGAAGGGCCUCGUGUGGGCAGUGAAAGACAUCCGUACCUGGAUUUUUGCCUGCAUGCAAAUGUCCACAACGGCCUCGAUCUCCUACUCCCACUUCUUUCCCACUUUGAUCCAACAGCUUGGCUUCCAGAGCAAUACUAUUGUUCUCUUGCUUACCUCCCCGCCAUAUUUCGUGGCGUUUAUCUGGGCUCUAUCAUGGGCGUGGCUGGCAGACCGGAAGCAGAUCCGAUCCAUCCCCUCGGGAAUCUCUCAACUGACUGCUAUAGUUGGAACCAUCCUUCUGAUUGCGGUGACCGAUCAGCUAUGGGCUCGGUAUGUCUUCACAAUCAUUGUGUGUUGUGGUACAUUUGGUGUCUACUCUACAACAUACGCCUGGUUGUCCUCAACUCUGACACAGCCACCGAUCAAGCGUGCCGUCGCUAUUGGGUUGGCAAACACAUGUGCAAAUUGUGCCUCCUUGUUUGCAAAUUACUUCUGGCUGGACAAGUACGAGCCUGAAUAUCGAGAGUCGUGGGGCUGCUUGUUGGGUUUCCAGGCACUGGGCAUGGCCUGCAUCCUCUUCCUUCGGAUUAAACUCCAGCGCGCCAAUAAAAGAUUUGAGCAGCUGAGUAUCGAGUCGGACUUGAAUGAUUUGAGCGUCAUGGAGCUCUUGAAUGAAGAUGAGCGGAAUGCUGUGCAGAACAACUUCAGAUACGUUGUUUAG